GCGCCAGACAGACAGAGACAGCUGAUGCCUGUCAGCGCUGCGGGGCCCGGAGCUCUCGCGAGAGCUCCCCGAACCGGCCGCGAGAAGUGGGGCUCAGGUGUAAGAGGAGUGCAUCCCGUCGGCGCGCGGGGCUAGAGCUGUAGGAGAAGUGGGAUCGCGAGGCCGGUGCGCGGCGCUCUGCACGGUCAAAGGGAGCGCCGGGCGGCAGCGGCGGCAGCAGAGGAGCAGCAGCAGCCCCCGGCGCGGCCGCCGCCUCCGCGCCGCCAGCCGCCGCGGCUGCAGCCUCCGAAGGGAGGCCGGGGGAGCCGGCGUGCGCACUUUCCCGCAGACUUUCGGAGUGUUUGUGGAUUUACAUGCCAAGCCAUCAAGAUGAUGUCUAUGAACAGCAAGCAGCCUCACUUUGCCAUGCAUCCCACCCUCCCUGAGCACAAGUACCCGUCGCUGCACUCCAGCUCUGAGGCCAUCCGGCGGGCCUGCCUACCCACGCCGCCGCUGCAGAGCAACCUCUUCGCCAGCCUAGACGAAACGCUGCUGGCGCGGGCAGAGGCGCUGGCGGCCGUGGACAUCGCCGUGUCCCAGGGCAAGAGCCACCCAUUCAAGCCAGACGCCACGUACCACACGAUGAACAGCGUGCCAUGCACGUCCACGUCCACCGUGCCGCUGGCGCACCACCACCACCACCACCACCACCACCAGGCGCUCGAGCCUGGCGACCUGCUGGACCAUAUUUCGUCGCCCUCGCUCGCGCUCAUGGCCGGCGCGGGUGGUGCGGGCGCGGCGGGCGGCGGCGGCGGCGCCCACGAUGGCCCGGGGGGCGGCGGCGGCCCGGGGGGCGGCGGCGGCCCAGGCGGCGGCGGCCCCGGGGGCGGCGGCGGCGGCGGCGGCCCGGGGGGCGGCGGCGGCGGCCCGGGCGGCGGGCUGCUCGGCGGCUCGGCGCACCCGCAUCCGCACAUGCACGGCCUAGGCCACCUGUCGCACCCGGCGGCGGCGGCCGCCAUGAACAUGCCGUCGGGUCUGCCGCACCCCGGGCUGGUGGCGGCGGCGGCGCACCACGGCGCGGCGGCGGCGGCGGCGGCGGCGGCGGCCGGGCAGGUGGCGGCGGCGUCGGCGGCAGCGGCCGUGGUGGGCGCGGCGGGCCUGGCGUCCAUCUGCGACUCGGACACGGACCCGCGCGAGCUCGAGGCGUUCGCCGAGCGCUUCAAGCAGAGGCGCAUCAAGCUGGGCGUGACGCAGGCCGACGUGGGCUCGGCGCUGGCCAACCUCAAGAUCCCGGGCGUGGGCUCGCUCAGCCAGAGCACCAUCUGCAGGUUCGAGUCGCUCACGCUCUCGCACAACAACAUGAUCGCGCUCAAGCCCAUCCUGCAGGCGUGGCUCGAGGAGGCCGAGGGCGCGCAGCGCGAGAAAAUGAACAAGCCCGAGCUCUUCAACGGCGGCGAGAAGAAGCGCAAGCGGACUUCCAUCGCAGCGCCGGAGAAGCGCUCCCUCGAGGCCUACUUCGCCGUACAACCCCGGCCCUCCUCCGAGAAGAUCGCCGCCAUCGCCGAGAAACUGGACCUCAAAAAGAACGUGGUGCGGGUGUGGUUUUGCAACCAGAGACAGAAGCAGAAGCGGAUGAAAUUCUCCGCCACUUACUGAGGGGGUGGGAGGUGCGGGGCGGGGCAGAGCGGGGAGCUGAAGGGGCUUUUCGGGAGCUUUCUUUGGGCCUGCUUCCCCCUAGACUUGGAGUGUCCGUUAUCCUGCUUGCAUUUGGGGAGUCCCUCCUCGAGCACUCUCUUCCACCCUCUCUGUGCUCCCUCUGCCCCUGAUCCUCCACAGCAAAGAGGACUGGGUGCUGGGUGUGGACACCCAAGAGCCAGGUGGGGGAAAAAGAGGGACCUUUUGGGUGAGCGGGGAGUUGAGGGGAAGGAAAGCGGAGACUGG